GUCAGCUGACUGGCCUGACCGCGACCGAAAAAAUGUUAUUUUGAGUUGACUGCCUGGUGUUUGGUUAAGGGAACAUAGUGUGUUACUAAAAUCCUUCACAAUGCUUUGGUGGCAGUUGAUAACCUGUGUUCUUGCGUCUCAUAUAUUACCAUGCUUGGCAGUUUUACCAAGUGUGUUUGUUUCCGUUCAAUAUGACCAGCAAACGGAUACAUUCGAAAUUUUUGAAGAAAGGCUAUCCGGAGCUGUUGCAUGGGCUAACUACACUGACGACGUAGAGGACACAGGUUGGUCCCAUCUGACAGUCACCACAAAUCCAGACUACGACGAUACAGUUCAAGCCUAUGCUGCAGGGGUUGUGGAGGGGUAUGUGUCCGCAGGCCCCAUCUACAUGCAUUGGAUGAACAUAAUGUCAUCUUAUUGCCUUCAGAUGAGCGACUACUGUAACCGACUUCAAGAGUUUAUAAAGACCAACAUGGAGUGGGUGGCAGACCAGAUCAAGGACAAUCCUGAUGAUCCAUACUUUCACCAGGCGGAACUAAUUUUGGAGCAAAUGGCUGGACUUGAAGAUGGCUAUACCAAUCGAUCAUCACAACCAAGAUUGAAACUAGAACCUUUUAAUUUCUUAUUAUUGCAAAUUUCAGGAGAUUUAGAAGAUUUAGAAGUUGCUCUUGAUAAAAAAGACAGAAAACACAUGACUGGUUCUGGGUCUUGCUCCGGCCUCAUCAAAUUGUUGCCUGGCAACAAAGACCUAUAUGUGUCACAUGACACAUGGAAUGUUUUCAAUGCGAUGAUACGUAUCAUGAAAAAAUAUGACUUUGGCUUCCAUACGGUUAAAGAUGGCCAGGAAUUGAUCCCAGGUCGAGAAAUGUCUUUCUCAUCUUAUCCCGGUGCUUUAUAUUCUGGUGAUGAUUUCUAUGUCAUCAAUAAUGGUUUGGUUACAUUGGAAACCACAAUUGGUAACAGUAAUCCCAUACUGUUCAAAUACAUACAACCAGAAGGGAAAAUGUUUGAGAUGAUUAGAAACAUGGUCGCAAAUCGCUUAGCCUCUACUGCCAGUGAAUGGGCCGAUAUCUUCACUAAAUACAACAUGGGAACGUAUAAUAAUCAGUGGAUGGUCGUCGACUAUAAACAGUUUACUCCAGGCAAACCACUACCAGACAAAGGACUUUUGUAUAUUUUGGAGCAGAUACCUGGAAUGAUUAUAGCAAAGGACAUGACGGCUCAUUUAGCGAAGACGCAAUACUGGCCAAGUUAUAAUAUUCCAUAUUUUGAAGAGAUAUUUAAUACCAGUGGGUGCCGUGAAAAUGUUGAGAAAUAUGGAGACUGGUUUACGUAUGAUAAAUCACCACGAGCAAAUAUUUUCCGACGUGAUCAGGUUAAGGUCAAAGACAUGGAGUCAAUGAUUCGUUUGAUGAGGUAUAACAACUUUAAAUCGGAUCCAUUCUCACGCUGUGAGAAAUGUGACCCUCCAUACAGUGGAGAGAAUGCUAUAGCUGCACGCUCUGACCUCAACCCUAUAAACGGAACAUAUCCUUUUGCCGCAGUUAGUCACCGUUGUCAUGGAGCAACAGAUAUGAAGGUAACAUCUUAUACGAUGCACAAGACCAUGUCAAUGAUUGCUGUGGCUGGACCCACCUCUGACCAACAACCACCCUUCCAGUGGAGCAUUUCUGACUACAAAGACAAACUCUUUCAUUUAGGACAACCAGAUAUCUUCGACUUUGGCCCAGUACAUGUAAACUGGAAAAAAUAAUCUUAGACCCAAACAACCAUUGUUAUGUAAAUAGUGCACACUGAAAAUAUGUUGUAUUUUUUGUAUAAGUUGGAAAUUUUAACAAAAACUAAUUUAUCGAUAAAGAUAAAUUGCAUCUGCUGUAAUCAUUAAAAUACCUUAAUAUUGUUCAUGCAAUUAGAUUUGUUAAAUUAAUAACAAAAUAAUUUUGAAAUAAAUAAGUAUAAAAAUAAAAUUAUGGGUAUUUAGAUGAGUAUUUCAAGCUUGUAUAUUUAAUGUUUAAAGAAAAAGGUAUGACUUUUUUUAUUAACAUUUAUAAAAU